GCUAGGUUGGCAGGAGCUCAGGCUAACAGCCGGAACUCACCCCGCUCCUCGGAUUCAAACCUCCCAUGAGGGGUCAUCCACUGCGCCACCGGAGGCUCUGUAGACUCAUAUAAUCCCGUUCAAAUCAGAAAAAUUUGGGACCAGAUUCUGGGAUGUAGGUCAAUGUAGAUUCAGUCAGAAGGAAAGAGAGGACCAAGGCUGGAGGACAGGAAAAGCCUCAGGUUGGCUAGGUGGCGCUAUUGAGGGGGGGGGGGUACAUCUACACCUAAUCCGGGAGUCCCCUGGGCAACGUUCUUGCAGACGGCCAAUUCUCUCACACCAGAACUGACUUGAUGUUUUUCAAGUCGCUCCUUACACGUAAAAAAGAAACUGUUGUAAGGAAAAGGACUGCCUGGUCUGUAUAUUGACACCGGUUAGAGAAUCCUAGAGCUGGAAGAGAUUUCCAGAGGCCAUCUAGUCCAACCCCAUUUCUGCCAGGUGGAGGAAAUACAGUCAGGAAUGGACGCCCAGCUCAGAGAGGUCCACGGAGAGUGACCCAGGAUCUGGUCUCAGAUGGGACAUGAGAGAAGCCUCCCACAAGGAUGGUAAAACAUCAAACAUCCCGGCGUCCCCUGGGUAACGUCCUUGCAGACGGCCAAUGCUCUCACACCAGAAGCUACUUGCAGUUUCUCAAGUCGCUCCUGACAGGGUGAGGUAAUGGGUUAAACCUUUGUGCAGGCAGGACUGUUGAGUGAAAGGUCGGAGGUUGGAGCGGCCAAUUCUCCCACACUAAAAGCGACUUGCAGUUUCUUAAGUCGCUCCUGACACACAGAGAGACACAAAUCGUUUCAAGCCCUGAUUGGAGAAAGGAGUUUAGUUGUGCAGAUGGUUAGGAACGAGCUGGAGGCCUGGAUGGUGAGGCCACAAACCGCAGAGCAGUGUUAUACGCGCGCGAAGGGCUUUCUUUUGCGUUCGAGGUCGGAACUGCGUUAAGCGGGCUGUGUAGACGGGGCGGGUGGGGGAGAGGCUGCGUGUGGCGAGCUCUGCAGAGACACGCCGAGGCCCUGCGCUGGUUCUGCGAAGGCGGCGGGGAGGAAAAGGGGAGCAGGGCGGCAGGAGAGUUGCCGAGCCAGUCGGACGGGUUGAGGAGCUGGGAGCCUGAGCUUGUCCGGGCCGGCAGAGAGAGCAGCAGUCGCCACCCCUUCCUUUCCCUUCCUUCCUUCCUUCCUGCCUGCCUUUCUUUCCCUCCCCACCUCCCCCCUUCCCCACCCGAAACCGGGGAGAGAGACGGGGCCCUCGCGCCAUGGAGGCCGCCACGGAGGAGACGGGCCCCGAGGAGCCGGGGAGGAGCGUGGGCCCCGACGAGGAGGAGGAGGAGGCGGCAGCCCGGGAGGGAGACCUCUCCGCCUUCGCCCCGCCGCCUCAGGUGCGCCCUGGGCUCAAGCAAAGCCUUUUCCUCCCUUCUGCCCCUUCCGACCACUCUCUCUCUACUCUUUCCUCCCCCUUCCCUUCCUUUCUCCUCCUUCUCCGGCCUUCUCCGCUCUCUGCUUCCCUGGCCCCUUUCUCUUUCGCUUCCCCAGGCCUUGCAACCUUUUAAAAUGUGGCCCCUUCCCUGUGAUUCGCCAGACACCUCCGCGGCGGGGCUCUCUCCCUCUCUCUCUCUCUCUAUCCCCCUCCUCCUUUUUGUCUCUCUUUCCCUCCCUUCCUCCCUCCCCCCUCCCUCCCUGAUUCCAUCCCCUGAUCCUUCCCUUCAAUGGACGUCAUUUAGAACAGACUCCUGCCUUGAGUCGCCGCCUCGCUUCACGCUCGAUUUCCAGCUAUUCUUCCCUUAUUAAGCCUUCGUGUAAUAUUAAUCGUCAUGAAUAUCUGCUAUUAGGGAGUCGGGGACUCUAAGCAAGCGGCGGAUUUUUUUUCUCUCUCGCUCCUUUCUUUCUCUCUCUUUCUCUCACGUGAAGUAAAAUUAGGGGAGGGCAGAGGAAAGGGAGGGGGCGAACACAGCCGCACACACAUGCGCUCUCGCCCACACGCACCCUCUCUCUCUGUCUCUCUCUCUCUCUCUCCUCUCUCUCUGUUUCACACGCGCAACUUUGCCUCCUCUCGCCUCGAGCUGCUGCGUUUCGGGGUCCAGUCCGGAUGGCUCCUCUUCGCCUGCGGUUCCCGGCUCAGCUUGGGCGCUGGGGACUGGGGUUGGGGGCAGUCUAGGCUUUUCCUAUUGUGUGAGUGUGCCUGCGAGAGAGGGACAGAGAGGGAAAGCGGCAGCUCAGGACAAGAGCCAGGAAGGAAGGAAGGAAGGAAGGGAAGACGAGAGCGCGCUAAAGAGCCAUACUUUUUUCUCUGCCUUUUUCCCCCCUUCUCCUGCCUUGACUCCGUCGCCCCGCAAACCUCGCAGAUGUUAGUUCACAGUUUCUCGGCGAUGGACCGCCACGACGGGGCCAGCAACGGGACGGGGCGCUUGCCGCAGCUGGGCUCGGUGGGCCAGUCGCCCUACAGCAGCGCCCCUCCGCUCUCGCACACCCCCAACGCCGACUUCCAGCCCCCCUACUUCCCCCCGCCCUACCAGCCCAUCUACCCGCAGUCCCAGGACCCCUACGCCCACGUCAGCGACCCCUACAGCCUGAACCCGCUGCACGCCCAGCCCCAGCCCCAGCACCCGGGCUGGCCCGGGCAGAGGCAGAACCAGGAGGCCGGCCUCCUCCACUCCCACCGCGGACUGCCCCACCAGCUCUCCGGCCUGGACCCCCGCAGGGACUACCGGCGGCACGAGGACCUCCUCCACGGGCCCCACGGGCUGGGCGCCGGCCUGGGAGACCUGCCCAUCCACGCCAUCCCCCACUCGCUGGAAGACGUCUCGCACGUAGAGGACCCCGGUCUUAACAUCCCAGAUCAAACUGUAAUUAAGAAAGGCCCCGUGUCCCUCUCCAAGUCCAACGCCGUCUCCUCCAUCCCCAUGAACAAGGACACGCUCUUCGGCGGCGUGGUGAACCCCAACGAGGUCUUCUGCUCGGUGCCCGGCCGCCUCUCGCUCCUCAGCUCCACUUCCAAGUACAAGGUCACCGUGGCCGAGGUGCAGCGCCGCCUCUCCCCGCCGGAGUGCCUCAACGCGUCGCUGCUGGGCGGAGUGCUCCGGAGAGCAAAAUCAAAAAAUGGAGGAAGAUCUUUGAGAGAAAAACUGGACAAAAUAGGAUUAAAUUUGCCAGCUGGGAGACGUAAAGCUGCUAAUGUUACCCUGCUUACAUCACUAGUAGAGGGAGAAGCAGUACAUCUAGCGAGAGAUUUUGGUUACGUGUGUGAAACCGAAUUCCCUGCCAAAGCAGUAGCUGAAUUUCUCAACCGACAACAUUCCGAUCCAAACGAGCAAGUCACAAGAAAAAACAUGCUUCUAGCUACAAAACAGAUCUGCAAGGAGUUCACCGACCUGCUGGCUCAGGACCGGUCUCCUUUGGGGAACUCGCGGCCCAGCCCCAUCCUGGAGCCGGGCAUCCAGAGCUGCCUGACCCACUUCAACCUCAUCUCGCACGGCUUCGGGAGCCCCGCGGUCUGCGCCGCCGUCACCGCCCUCCAGAACUAUCUCACCGAGGCGCUCAAGGCCAUGGACAAAAUGUACCUCAGCAACAACCCCAACAGCCACACAGACAACAGCACCAAAAGCGGCGACAAAGAGGAGAAGCACCGGAAAUGAGGACUCCCCACCCACCUACUCCUCCAGCUUUCCUGCCCAGCCAGCCAGCCUGCCUGCCCCCCUCCCUCGCCUUCCUCUUCGAGGCUCUUCUUCCUCCUCCUCCGUCGCCACUGAAGCCCAGAGAUUUUCUGCCGUCGCCUGUUCACACAGUUUUAAGACUGGGAACCCUUGCCCUCCCCUCCAAGCAACCCUUCCUUUGGAAGCAGCACUCUUUCUUUCCUCCUUCCUCUUCCACCAGUCUGGAGACUAAGGAAACUAAUAAGAGGAGAUGGAGCCAGCCAGACAGGGGGUGGUGAUGAUUUUUUUGUGGGAGAGGGAUAUUUUUUGGUCCCUUUGAGUUUGUGUGAAUUUUUAAUGUUGUUUUAUUUUUUACCAAAAAAAUCCGCAGUUUUUUUAAAAACAAAACGAACCGAACUUUUUUUUUGGGUUGUUGUGAGUUUUCCGGGCUGUAUGGCCCUGUUCCAGAAACUUUACUCCUGACGUUUCGCCCACAUCUAUGGCAGGCAUCCUCAGAGGUUGUGAGGUCUGCUGGAAACUAGGCAAGUGGGGUUUAUAUAUCCGUGGAAGGUCCAGGGUGGGAGAAAGAACUCUUGUCUGUUGGAGGCAAGUGUGGAUGUUGCAAUUAAUCACCUUGAUUAGCACUGAAAAGCCUUGCAGCUUCAAGGCGUGGCUGAUUCUUGCUUGGGGGAAUUCCUUGUUGGGAGGUGUUAGCUGGCUCUGAUUGUUUCUUGCCUGAAAUUCCCCUGUCUUUUAUUUACUGUCCUGAUUUUAGAGUUUUUUAAAAAUACUGGUAGGUAGAAUUUGUUCAUUUUCAUGGUUUCCUCCUUUCUGUUGAAAUUCUCCCCAUGCUUGUGGUUUUCAGUGGCUUCUCAAGAAUAAGCCAAGAGAGUAAAGACAAAGACCUACCCAGAGAAAAUUGUUCUUAUCAUACAUCAAGGGAACUACUGUCCGCAUAGGGAAGCUGAUGAAGAAACACAACCUACAAACUAUCUACAGACCUACUAAGGAAAUCCAACAAAUGCUACCUUCAGCAAAGGAGGAGAGAGUUCUUCUUACCUCUGCAGGAGUCCAUCGCUUACCAUGCAGCUAUGGACAAGUCUACAUAGGGACCACCAAAGGCAGCAUUGCCCAGGCACGAAUCAAGGACCAUGAAAGGCACUGCAAACUAAGACAACCAGAGAAGUCAGCCAUUGCAGAGCACUUGAUGAACCAACCUGGACACAGCAUAUUAUUUGAGAACACAGAAAUGCUGGACUACCCUAACAACCCCAUGUCAGACUACACAGAGAAGCCAUUGAAAUCCACAAGCAUGUGGACAAUAUCAACAGAAAGGAGAAAACCAUGAAAAUGAACAAAAUCUGGCUACCGGUAUUUAAAAAAAACCCUCUAAAUUCCAGACAUGAAACAAUCAGGGCCAGCUAAGACCUCCAAAAAAAGGAUUCCCCCAGGCAGGAAUCAGCUAGACCUUGAAGCUGCAAAGAUUUUCAAUGCUAAUCAAGGUGAUUAAUUACAGCAUUCACACUUCCAAGACAAGUUUUUUCUCCCACCCUGGACUUUCCACAGAUAUAUAAACCUCCCUUGCCUAGUUUCCAAUAUACUUCAAAACCUCUGAGGAUGCCUGCCAUAGAUGUGGGCGAAACGUCGGGAGAGAAUGCUUCUGGAACAUGGUCAUACAGCCCGAAAAACUCACAGCAACCCAUUGAUUCCGGCCAUGGAAGCCUUCGACAACACUGAACUUUUUUUUUGUUUCUAAUGAAAUAAAAAGUGAAAGAACUCACCCUCAACCAUAAGAAACGUUUGAAUUAAAAUAUGGAGAAAACUCAAGACUCUGGACCAGCACCUCCCCUUUCACGAACUUCCGUUUAAGAUUGUAGCCAUAUUUAAAACAAAACAAAACAAAAAAGGCAAAAAGGAUGAUGAUGACAUUUUAUCAGUAUUGUGAAUAAACUUGAACACAAACUCCAUGCAGUUCCAUGUCAUGUCUUCAGUUCUAGAACCUCUCUCCUGCCCAAGGUAAAGCCACCCAUCUGAACUUUCUUAUAGCGACACCGGUUCACGGUUCUUCUUCCAUAAGGGGAUCAGUGUUCAUGUAUGUAUAUAUUUAUUUAUGUGUAAUUUAAUGGGAAUUGUAAAUAUGGUGAGUCUGUUGGAAGCCUUUUUUUAAUUAUUUAUCUGGUGAUCUCGUUUACCUCUCGUUUUAGUGGGUUUUUAAAUCUUCCUCCUUCUUAGUUCCAUCACUGUGGUUCAUGGUUACUUACUUGCUUAGAAAAACAGAGGCGGGGAGGGUCUUUUUGGAGGGAGGGGUGGCAUAUUUUUUCUGGGAUUCAUCACUUCAGCCCUGUUGUAGCAUGUUUUUUUUUAAAGAGGACAAUAAAACAGCUAAAGAAAUAAAACAACCUGGAUUUUAAUAAUAAAUUAUUAGUUUCUCAUUGAUAAAGUGAGGGGGGAAAUGACACCCAACCACUUCCACCUCAAAUGAUGUUGGCCCCCUUGGGAUAAGAUUUGACCCUAUGUUAGUAGUUUUCUGUCAACUUAUUAUGUGUUGUGGCUUUAAAGAAAAAGAAACAAAAAGUUUAUAUCCAGUGUCUUUCUAUUGAAAUUACCUUCAGAGCAAUACACUGCUGCUGUCAAUUCAGAAAAAAAGGAUGAGAGAUCUUCUCCCAACCCUUCCCCCUUUUCAUUUUGAGUUAUCUUUUGGUUGAAACAACUUCCAUACAUUUGGGACCACCUGGUAUCCUCUAUUUCCACCGGCCAUAUUGGAAGCAGUUAUAGUUGUAUUGUAUUGAGUUGUGCUGGCAGUAGUUUCCAUGCCUGUCAAUGUAUCAUAGUCCUUUGUUGCCCAGAUAAAUAAAUAUUUGAUACGCUUUA